AGCGCCCCUGCGCAGCAGGUCUGAGCACGCGCCUCAUGAUCACAGGGAGCUCCGUGUUUGGCUGUAGAAGAUGGCGUUGCGCUACUCAGCGAAGCUCUCCCCCGUUUUUCAGGGUGAAACAGACGUUAGGGCCGCGGUGUUUCUGUAAUUGAAAGGGCAGACAAGGACUCUUGGACUGUAAAUAAUCGACUCAACCAUUUCCACCCCGAAAUUUUCGAUUUAAAAAAAAAAUUUUUUUUUACGGAGGGCUGCUUCAGGUAUUUGGCGAACGCUAAAAAGUUGACAACUGCCGUUCAGUUCACCUGCACCGAUUGGGCGCUAAACGAGUCCAGUACGCUAAAGCUACGAGCUAGCCGCUGUCGCCGGGUCUGUCGAGGUUCGGAGGCUUUAAUCCGGUCGCUCGGAGCAGCAUAAGUCCGUGAACUGUUGCAUUUCCGACGAGAACGGUCCGUCUGACCUCGCGAUACUCCUGAAAGUGUGUGUUAUUAUUAUUAUUUUUAAUCAAAUAUUAGUCAAAACGUUAAAAGAUGUCCGAUAACCAGAGCUGGAACUCCUCCGGGUCUGAGGAGGACCUGGAGCCCAAGGAGGAGUACGGACAGGCGGCUGGGGUCGCGGAGUUCAGCGGAGUCCUGAGCAAAUGGACAAACUACAUCCACGGCUGGCAGGACCGCUGGGUUGUGCUGAAAAACAACACGCUGAGCUACUACAAGUCCCAGGAUGAGACGGAGUACGGCUGCCGGGGUUCCCUCUGUCUGAGCAAGGCUGUCAUCACUCCUCACGAGUUUGACGAGUGCCGGCUGGACAUCAGCGUGAACGACAGCGUGUGGUACCUGAGAGCCCACGACCCGUACCACAGGAACCAGUGGAUCGACUCCAUCGAGCUGCACAGAAACCUCAGGGCAGGGAGGACAGAGAGGUCAGGAGUCCUGGGAUCAGUGCUCAUCCCUCCAGUUUCGGUGGAUUCUGGGUAUGGCUCCGAGUCCAGCCUGCGCAGACACGGCUCCAUGCUGUCGCUCAUCUCCGCCACCAGCGGAUAUUCGGCCACCUCCACGUCCUCCUUCAAGAAGGGCCACAGCCUCCGAGAGAAGCUGGCAGAGAUGGAGACGUUCAGGGACAUCCUGUGCCGGCAGGUGGACACGCUGCAGAAGUACUUUGACAGCUGCGCCGACGCCGAGUCCAGAGACGAGUUCCAGAGAGACAAAAUCAUGGAGGAUGACGAAGACGACUUUCCCAGCACGCGAACAGACGGAGAGUUUCUGCACAACAACAACGGCAGCCGGGAGAAACUGUUCCAGACCCUCAGCCUGAAGGGCAUCAACGGUAUCGACUUCAAAGGGGAGGCCAUCACGUUCAAGGCCACCACCGCCGGGAUCCUCGCCACGCUGACGCACUGCAUCGACCUUAUGGUGAAGAGGGAGGACAGCUGGCAGAAGAGGCUGGAGAAGGAGAUGGAAAAGAGGCGAAGAAUCGAGGAGAGCUACAAGUCUGCUCUGACGGAUCUGAAGAAGAAGUCUCACUUUGGAGGUCCAGACUAUGAGGAAGGCCCCAACAGCCUCAUCAACGAGGACGAGUUCUUUGACGCCGUGGAAGCGGCUCUGGACCGCCAGGACAAGAUGGAGGAGCAGUGUCAGACGGAGAAGACCAGGGUCCAGAGGUCCAGCCCCGUUCCCCCCGGAGACGUGUACUCCAGCUCAGGGUCCCACCGCUUCGCAGACAAGCCUCAGGCUGUCAUAGUCAGGGCCGUUCCUCACGAGGUCCACAGAUUCAGCUCCGAGGUGGAGGAGAUGGUGCAGAACCACAUGACCUACUCCCUGCAGGACGUCGGAGGAGACGCCAACUGGCAGCUGGUGGUGGAGGAGGGAGAGAUGAAGGUGUACAGGAGGGAGGUGGAGGAGAACGGGAUCGUGCUGGACCCGCUGAAGGCCACGCACUCGGUGAAAGGGGUGACGGGUCACGAGGUGUGCCACUUCUUCUGGGACACGGCGUACCGCAACGACUGGGAGACCACGAUCGAGAACUUCAGCAUUGUGGAGACGCUGUCCGACAACGCCAUGAUCGUCUACCAGACGCACAAGAGGGUGUGGCCCGCCUCUCAGAGGGACGUCCUUUACCUGUCUGCCAUGAGGAAGAUGGUGACCAACAACGAGAACGAUCCCGACACCUGGCUGGUCUGCAACUUCUCGGUGGAUCACGACGACGCUCAGGUGAGCAGCAGGUGCGUCCGCGCCAAAAUCAACAUCGCCAUGAUCUGCCAGACCCUGGUCAGUCCACCAGAGGGCGACAAAGAGAUCAGCAGGGACAACCUCCUGUGUAAAAUCACCUACGUCGCCAACGUGAACCCAGGCGGCUGGGCGCCCGCCUCCGUGCUGCGGGCCGUGGCCAAGAGGGAGUACCCCAAAUUCCUCAAACGCUUUACGUCCUACGUGCAGGAAAAAACCGCCAGCAAACCCAUCUUAUUCUGAGGAGACCCGGACCUCCCACCUGUGCAGGACUUGAACCCUCAACCUGUGUGAACGUCCACUGAAAGCCACGAAAACUGAACAGAUGCUGCUGCUGUGCUGCUUAAGACGACGUAAACGACCUUUUAGACUCAAACAUUUCACUACUUUUGCAGAAUUCUUUAACGCGAGUCGUCAGAAAUGAUCGGUGCGUCUCUCUGAUGAAGCCGCUGGCGCUGAAGGAGAGACGCCGCCAUCACUUCUGUUCGCUCCGUUUGUAAAUAGCCUGACGGACUAUUCGGAUCCAAGCGCCUUCAUUUCUACAGGAACCAUGGGGGCGGGGUCAGCGAAGUGCCUCAGGGGCGGUUCCUCGUCUUCAAAUGUGAACGGAUGAUCCGGGUCUCGACGCUUCUCUGUAUUUUUUUAAUGUUCUCUGUCAUCGCUGCUCUCUACGGGGGAAACUUGAACGUCGGAUUUGAGUUCUUGAACUUGAACGUUGGCGGCGAUGAGGGGGGCGGGGCUUGAAUGUAAAUGUGUUCAGCUUCUGGUCAGAAUAAAACAUUUGCCUCCAUCA